UGUUGGGCUUGCACUGCUUUGGUAUUGGGGUGUUUAUUGUGUGUGCUGAACGCGAAUUAAGGAUAAGCGCAUUGCGUGAUACGCCAUUUUGACGAUGAUAGCCUUGACCAAGACUGUCAAACUUCACAAACGAGCUUGUUCCCGCUACCGCACACCGUACCGCCGCGCACACUACAAUGUACCCGUUGUGCUACCGUUAUCCUCAACGGCCCUUGCUUGUGCUUGGUCUGCACAUGGUCAAGGCUAUGAUGAAGACAGCUGAGUGACAGCAAACAGCUUGAUACAACAGAUUUGCCGUGACUGACGUUGGAACUUUACCACUGUCUCCUGGUCCGACGGCUCUACUUGUACAAGAAAGUUUCCGGCAGGAAAGAUGGAGUGCAAACGUUUGACACUGGCGUUUAUGGUCAUUCUGCAAAUGUCUAGCGUCUUCGUGUUGAUAUAUCAUUACUCUUCCGGCCAUGUCACGACGCUACACGAUGACAGGACUAAGGGCAAGGAUACGAGAAUGGCACAUGCCGCUGUGAGCGCUCUGCGAGUCCAGACAUUCUCCAACCAUGCGACUUCGCAGCCACCAAAUCGCACUGUGGACAUCCGGGGGAAGAUUUCUGGCUGCACUUUGGCCGAUACUGAGAAGAAGCCCGGUGUUGUGCUGUUGCUCAACACCAACACCGCCUUCAUGGACAUGACACUGAAUCUGUUGGAGAGUAUCAAAAGGACUGGGGUCUGCCUGAACACCACCAUCAUAGCAGAGGAAAAGAACGCCUACCGGGCUCUGCUCAGUGCUACCCAGGGCGACCCAGCAAUAACCGUGCUGAAAUCGGCCGAGGGAGAAGCCUCAUCGGACAAGCUCUUGGUCUUCAGCCCCGAAUAUAACCGCCUCGUGAACAGACGCCAGAAGUACAUCCUGUCCCUGUUGCAACAGGGAUUCGAGAUUUUUUUCACGGACGUGGACACCUUCUGGUUUCAAGAUCCUUUCUCGUAUUUCCAAGGGGACUUUGACAUGUCUCUUGUGGAUGAGCGCUCCCCUUACCCGACCAGACUGCAAACCCUGUCCAACUAUUGCGCCGGCGUGGCCUACUUCAAGCCAACAGACAAGACCAUCAAGUUCGUCAAGAAGUGGGUGGAAAUAUUGGCGAAUCCAAAAAACAAGAAACACGACCAGAGAGUCAUGAAUGACCUGUUGCACACGAACCAGCCGGUACGCAUUGACGUCAGACCCUUGCCCGUCAAUCGUUUCCCGCAUGCGAAUAGUAUGUUUUGGGAACCAGAGUGGAGGAAGGAAAACAACGAUACCAUCAUGAUGCAUAACGUGGGAUUUCAGGUACGUGGCCACGACGAAAAAGUGGACAAGUUCAAGGAAAACAACAUGUGGCUUGUCAACUUCACUAUCGGCGAGGGGUAGUCGUGAUCAACUCUAAACUCCGGUACGAGCUGCAUAAAAAGUGGACAUCGGAACCUUAACACUUUUAGGAACCCUUUGGGACUGGAAUAACAUACGUGUGUUUUUGAGUCAGCUGUUAGAUGUAUGUGUUUGUACAUGACAAGCGUGAUGGCAUCCAAAUCAUUUGGACCAUUCCAAACUAGUGGCGGAUACUGAUAAACACUAAAAUAUAAAAAAAACUACAGACUACUGACAAAAAUCAUUACUCUGGAGUUGUCAAACAUGAGCUAGUUCACACAAUGUUUCCCUGUUUCGAUCACAUGACCAGCUCUGAAUAGACAGUUUAGCUCUUAAGCCGUUUUUGUGUUAUCCUUCGAGAACGAAUUUCGGGGGUCAACAUUAUGACUCAACAUCGAGCUGUUUCGUACUUGUCGUGAUUCUAUAGCUGCACAUGUUCCUUUGAAAACGAAAUAGCGUGUGUGCUUCUGUUUGGUAAAUGUAUGGGCUAAUUUACAUGGAAAGUCUCCCUGCGAGUUAACCUACAAGCAAUGGGAAGUUACCGACCGUAGCGUUCGCUUCCACCAGGCCACGCUGCCAUGCCUGAUGCAUACCAAGUGCACCCAUGCAGUGCGGGGAACAGCCAACAUGUUGUCCUCGUCGUAGUACAAUGUGCGUACUAAUACGUUAACAACGUGUCCUACUGUUGAUCUUUAAUAACUCUGUUGUUAACGAAUGGAAUUAAACCAAAAUUUCAGAUCAUGUAAACAAGGCAUGACACUUUUUAUGGAGCGAGUUUCAUCAGCUUUGUGCUAGAGGGUGAUAUUUAAACGUCAUACGAAAGCAAUUCUCACUUUCAGAAUCUGCUUCUUUCGGCGCAAUACACGAUCAGGGAGGCGUGCAGUAGCAUCAGGGUGAUCCUGCAUUCCUUCAGAAGCUUUCGGCUGCAGCA